CUCCAUUACUGCUUUACGGAGAAAGCAGAGGGUGAAAGACGGGCCAUGUCGUAUCAUACGCUUGCCUUCUGCCUACUUUGGCUGCUGGCUUUCUCCUCUGCUUGCUACAUCCAGAAUUGCCCCAUCGGAGGGAAGCGUUCCGUCCUCGACAUGGAAGUCCGAAAGUGCAUCUCCUGCGGUCCUAGAAACCGAGGCCACUGCUUUGGGCCCAACAUCUGUUGUGGGGAAGAGCUAGGCUGCUAUUUCGGCACAGCAGAAACGCUAAGGUGUCAAGAAGAAAACUUCCUGCCAACCCCUUGUGAGUCCGGAAGGAAGCCGUGCGGCAACAACGGAGGGACCUGCGCUGCAGCCGGCAUCUGUUGCAACAACGAGGGCUGUCUGGUAGACUCGGUUUGCGAUCAAGAAUGAAGAGAUUCCCAGGAAUCACAAUGAUGCAACAAUACUUUUAGAUUAUGAACUUGUGGGUGAUGACAUCACAUCGAACAGAUGUGUCUUUCCACUGCAGACAUAUAUGUUGGAAACCAGUGGCCAACGAGAUUGUGCAAAAUAAAUGAUGUAUAAUAACAAAAACUUG